AAUCGAAAGCAACAAUUUCAAUCGCGCAAAGAUUUAAUCGUGGCAUCUAUCGUGGUCCUGUUUGCCAUCGGCGUGUUCCUACUGGUUUCGAAUGUAUCAUUGGCGAGUGUACCUGCAAUUAAUACAGUGGACCAUUCUGGAGCGGCAUCAAAUACUGGCCACAGUGUAGAGAAAGCACCGUCUCGAAUACAGAUAAACGAGGACCUAGAGACAUGGGACUUGAUCAGGGCGAACCGUCGGAAGCUUCGGGAUGAUUAUAACUUGGACUUUCAGGAGUUGCUUCUAAGUUUGAGCGAGAAGAAAGUCUUCACGGCCACCGAGGAGAAGCAGAUACGAAGCAAAGAAAAUGGAAAGCUAUUUGACGAGCUCUUCGACAUCCUCGUACACAAGAAUCCAAAAAAAUUUAUACCCGUCUUUCUGCACACACUCGCUGAAAUUGGAAGGCAGGAUGUGAAGGAUUUCUUGCUUUCUCAACUGGACAAGAUAUCUGCAUAGUUUACGCAUUUUCUCCUUGGAAAAAUUAUUAAUCGGGCUGACUAAUAUAAUUAUCUAUUUGAAU